AUGUCGUCAGAAGAAGAAUACCUCUUCAUAACGCAGAAGAGUUACCUGGCUUCGACAAUCGACACUGUUGAGACCUCUUCAAAUACGAGACCCUAUUUUGAAGAAUUUUCGGACAUAAGCGAUUGUGAAUUCGUUUCAACAUGCCAACAGCUGGAGACUCGCAUGGAGCAAAAUGUCCUUCACCAAAAUGGCCACGACAUGCUGGACUUCGCUGGAGAUAUAUGCGACGCUGAACUCAUAUCUACAUGCGAGAUAGUCGAAAAAGAUGUCGUGAAAACAACAUCGAAGCCUACAAACAUGAGAUUCAGGGCUCCGAAAACGGAUACAGAAAUUUCAUCUCUCGGUCACAGAAGCACAAUGACCAAAAUUCAAUGGGCUGUUAAAACGUUCAAGGAAUGGCAACAUAACAGAAAUCGGCUUGCAGAUCAGCGCAACAUUAGCCCCAUUCUUGUGGACAUAGAGGACAUGACCUGCGAUGAACUGAAUUAUUCCAUUUCACGUUUCAUAUGUGAAGUGAAGAAAGUGGACGGAUGUGAAUAUCCCCCGGAUACCUUGUACAGUUUUGUCAUCUGUCUCCAGCUGUAUAUGGACACUCUGGACAGGUGUUUCAAGCUUCUGUCUGACGACUCUUUCAGUCAGAUUCGCAACACUCUGGAUAACGUGAUGGAGACUAACAGUCGGACGUGCAAGACGAAAAGACAAGCUCAAGUUAUCACACUAGAGGAGGAGGAUGUACUGUGGUCUGCAGGCUGUCUCGGCAGCAACACGCCUGCUCAGCUGUUGGACACCCUUGCCUACCUGAUUGGAUUACAUUUUGCUUUACGCGGGGGCCAGGAGCACAGAGGGGACGCGUCGCAGCUUCAGGUGUGUGAAAGUAGCAAUGGAAGAUACCUGUUGUACACGGAACGCACAUCGAAAUCUAACAGUGGAGGACUUAAACACCGCCGUGUUGAGAACACACGUGUUGUUGCGUAUGAAAACGCGGAGAAACCUGACAGGUGCGUGGUGGCGUUGUUUGAGAAGUACCUAGCCCAUUGCCCUUCAACAACCAAAACUGACGCAUUUUACUUACGUCCGCUGGUUAAACCUACUGGGGAUGUCUGGUAUGUGGAUCAACCAUUGGGAAGACAUAAACGUCAGUCCUUUCACGCCUAUGCAAGACUGCAGGUCUGCCCGGACACCGCACAAAUCAAUCUCUCCGGGCAUCAGCAGCUAGUCGACUCUACCAGGCAGGAGUCGACGAGCAGCUGA